AUGCCGGCGCUGUCCCUUUGCAGCUCACACAUCCGCCAUGCCUGGGACCCAACCAAGUCGGUGGCGCAGAACCUGGCCGAGAUGGGCCUGGCCGAGGAUCCCAACAAGGCCGUCCCCAUCUCCAAGAAGAUGCUGCUGGGGAUGGAAGUGGGAAGCAAUGGACAACAGCAAGGAAAGAAAAUAGUGCGGAAGCCCUACGUGGUGAAUG